AAACUACAUCAAGCGUGAUCAAGAUGUUCAGAAGGUCAGGGUUCAUAGUGACGUCACUGCUCCUUGGGGGUUUGACCUAUGCCCUCCUGACGACGGAGAUGUUUAUUACGAGACGGACAAAUGACCAUGGAGAACCUCCGGAAACACACGUCACACCAGAACGGCCGGAAACACACGUCACACCAGAACGGCCGGAAACACACGUCACACCAGAACGGCCGGAAACACACGUCACACCAGAACGGACUCCGGAAUCCAUCAUAGAACCUCGAAAACCACGUGACCCGGAACCAAUCGAUCCCAUCAACCCCCUCAAGGGUUAUGUGGGAGUGCCUGACGAGUCAAAGCAGCUGAACCUGAGCUGUGGCGUGUGUGCCCUGGUCACUGGCUCCGGUCGGAUGUUGAAUUACAAGGCUGGGAACGAGAUUGACCAGGCUGAUUGCGUCAUCAGGAUGAACGAGGGGCCCGUCCUCGGGUACGAAAAGCAUGUCGGGAGUAAAACAACGCUCCGCGUCAUGUGUUUCCGAUCCAUUUAUAUUGCCCCGAUAAAUGCCGCCAUUUACAAGGGGAACUCCACAUUGCUGGGUUGGGGUCCGCCCAGGGACAUGGACGCUAAAACGGGAAAGGCUUACCAGAAACUGACGGAAUUACAGAAGAGCCACCCGGACAUGGAAGUGUUUAAGAUAACAGAGGAAAGGAUGCAAUACGCCGAUAGAGUGUUUGAAAAGGAGUCAGGGCGUGCACGGAAAGGCACGAACACCUGGCUCAGUACGGGUUGGUUCACUAUGAUGGUCGCCAUGGAGAUUUGUGACGUCAUCAAGGUGUAUGGGAUGGCUAGCGAGGACUACUGCAGAAACCACCCGGGUGAUCAGACAGCCUAUCACUACUUCACCGGUGCGAGGUACCGCAUGGAAGAUUACAAGGAGUGUUCGUACCAAAACUGGGAACAGAACGCUCGCGCCGGAGGGCACAGAUACCUGACGGAGAAGUCCAUAUUUGCACACUGGGCGCCACUCAACAACAUCACGUUUCUGAACCCCUCAUGGGACACGUAGGCAGUACCGAAAAGUAUCGCAAGGUGGUGUUCCCCAUCGCCGCCUUUAAUUGGGGCAAAUUUCGGUAUUUCCGGAUCAGAAUGCUUAGGUAGCCUUGGCCAAAGUGGCUGUAGAAAUGUUUUUCUUGGAAUAUGUUUGGAU